UCGGACCGUUUCAGUCCGGCAUCGAAGGUUGGGCGUGAUAAAAGUGCGCGCGCGCGUUUUGCGGGUUGUUUCUGUGCGACUGGAACGUCGUAUUUUGCAGUUAAUCGAGAAGUGCGCCCGACUCAGCUCGUUUCGAGGUUAUAAUUGUGAACUAACGGACUUUGAAGGAUUAAUUAGCCGAAGCGGACGGAUGUCGGUGUUUUUGGUGGAAUAGAAAAGGAAAACCAUUCUGGCGACGCAUUGUUAAAAUUAGUGUAGUGAAACUAAGUGGAGAUUUUAAUCGCCCAAACGGCAAGAAUAUGUUUCUCCUCGGUUUUGUGAUAUGGGCGUGCGUCCUAUCACAAGUUUCGACGGAACCAGAUACCCCUCCGAAUCGACCUACUGACUUAGAAGACAUCGAACGAGACAAUCUUAAAACCGAGCGGCAUUUGGCUUUCAAGAAAGAAGCGUUGCAACCUCAACAACAACAACUACAACCGCAACAACAACAACAGCUAUCCUAUCAUUCACCAACAGCGUCAUCAUCGCAAAACAACAAUCAUUACUCGCUACAAAUCGAACAUCAUCCUGGUGGAGCGAUCAACUAUGUUACACCACUUCCUUCCGGACCUGGGAUAGUAUACGCCAAAGAAAACCGAUCCCCCCAGUACCAGCAAAAGGUACCGCAGGUACACGAGGACCACUCGACGUACACCGUUCCAGCCAGACAGUCGUUGAUUCAGCCUAUCAUCGGCGGGAGUGCUCCCGCCCACAGCUACCUAACUCCACAACCCCAGUAUGUGUACGUGCAGGCUCAGCCGCAGCAACAAACGCAGCCGCAGCCACAAUCAAACCAUCAGCAGCAGCAGCCCCAGCAGCAACAGCAACCAUAUGGCAACCUUAAUUUACCCCAGUCGUUAUUACAUAUUCUCCCACAGAAUCAACAAGCUUACAUCAUGAUACCGACUAACUACUACCAGCAGCAGCCGCACUCGGCACAACAAUAUGCGGCUUAUGUCAACGACCCGGAGAACCACGUGGAGACCUAUUCGCAUGGCGAAAGUGGCCCGAGCAGUCCACCGCAGCAGUCUGACAACAGACCACCCGCACCGGAGCCUCCUACCAAAACGCACGGGGUCGUCUAUGCGGCUCCUUCUUCAACGCCAACACCGUUUCGACAUCAAUCACCGUCCGCUGAAUUUUCCGUUGUGAAAAGUGUUGAGCCUCCAGUUUAUUUAUCUCCGAAUAACCAACUUCACACCACAAUUCACUACAGUCAUUCACCGGCCCGACCGGCCAUUCAAAUCCAUCAUGAAACUCAAACAUCAUACCCAUCGUUGACACACCCAAACAACGGCAUCCUUAACUAUCUCGGAUUGCAACAAAAACAACCUCUAAGUCUACUCGACUCAUACGUUCCGAGUUCCUUACAGCUCUCACCCAUCAAAGCCAUACCAUAUCCAACAAAAUCGUUUCCAGCAAUACACCCCAACCAUUACCAUCGCCAUUAUCCAGAAUAUACUUUCCAGCACUACCACCACUACCAACCACCUCAAAUAUUCUAUCAACCGUCCUACCCUACUUCUCACUCAACUUAUCCAGUGUACCAAACUCCACCACAAUCAACCGCGGCAUCUGUGCCGUUUCCAGUUGUCGCCCCCUAUAACACCAUUGCCUAUUCAGUUCCUUUGACGCACACAAAAACGGUUUCCCAGUUCAAGCGGUCACCGAUGCUGGAGACAAUGUCCGGUGUCAAAUAUUCCAGCCCCCGAGCUGUGACGACGGGAGCAUCCGGUGCCAUCACAAAACUGCAACCAGCCGGAAAGCUCACGUAGCACCCCAUCGAGCUCUUCUAAAAACACUGGUUUGCUUUUUUACGGUAUCUAAGCGUAAAUAAGCAGAUUUCACUAGCUGACACAUACUCACCCACACGAUAAGGUUACCCCCUUCGCCAAGAGAUUAGUUGAUCGGUAGUGAAAUUAUGAGGUAGAAUUAAGUUAUUUUUAUUGUUAUGUGAUUCCUUCAUCUUACCUGUACAUAAAAACGAACUAAUCGAAAUAAAUGUUGAUCGAAUUUUAACC